AUGGGUAUAUCGCCCUUCAAGAUCGACAUACCCGAACACGAAGUCGACCGGCUCAAAAGGAAGCUGCAGGACACGAGGCUACCAAACCGGCCGAUUGUUCCUGAGGCAGGCAGCGAUUAUGGGCCUUCUAUAGAUUGGUUUCAGCGCCUCUACAAGACAUGGCUGCAUGAGUUCGACUGGUUCUCUGUUCAGACGCAUCUUAACCGACACGACCAUUUCAUUGCCGACAUUGACGACGAGACUUUCAGCCUUAGGAUCCAUUUCACACACACCAGAUCUUCCAGAGAUGAUGCCAUCCCACUGAUUCUCAUCCACGGCUGGCCUGGCUCCUUUCACGAGUUUGAUCGCGUGGUUGACGCAUUCGCCAAUCCAGAGGACCCCCAGCACCAGGCAUUUCACGUCGUCAUUCCCAGUUUGCCAGGCUUCUGCUGGUCUUCUCCCCCUCCGCGACGAGGCUGGACCAUGAAAGAUACCGCCCGAGUGUUCAACAAGCUCAUGAAUCAGCUUGGAUAUAACACCUAUGUGGUCCAGGCCGGCGACUGGGGCUCCUUUGUUGCUCGCGAGUUGGGCGCCAACUUCAAAGAAUGCAAAGCUGUGCAUUUCAACUUUUGUCCCGUCGAGUUGGACGAGGGAAUCACGGACCUGACGCCUCGCGAGAAGGUGAUCAAGCAGAGACAGCAAGAUUGGCUGGACAACCACCUGGGCUAUGCGGUCGUUAUGCGCACUCGUCCACACACCAUAGGCGUAGCCCUAACCGACAACCCAGUCGGCAUCCUUGCGUGGGUCGGUGAGAAAUACAUCGAAGCCGUCCACCCAUCAAAGCUCGAUCCUCCCGACCCGGCCUGGGACCGGGCAAUUCUUACGACGUGCAGCUUGUACUACUUCACGGACUGUAUCAUGACUUCAUCGUUACCAUACUUUGAGGGCAUAAAGCACGCUGAUUUCGGGAAUUUCUUCCUCAAGAAGGAGAAUUAUGUCAGCGUCCCGAUGGGAUACACAAGCUUUCUGUAUGAUACGAGGCCCGGGACGGAGAGGAGUGUCAAGCAAACGGGGAACAUGGUAUUUUACAACGAGUGCGACGACGGCGGCCAUUUUGCUGCGCUCGAACGGCCCGACGUCAUUUUGAGGGACUGUAGGGAGUUCUUUGGUCAGUGGUUCAAGGCUUGA